CUUCCUGUUCUCUCUGGUGUCGCAGCUUCUCCUCCUCUGGUGUCGCAGCUUCUCCUCCUCUUCAUCUGAAGAUGAAGGUAGAGCGUCUCUGAUAGCUGAUGUGGAUGUGAAUUCAGCAGCAGAUAACAAGCAGGUUGUUGUGUUGGUGUGAAGGUGUGGACUCUGCUAUGAGUCAGUGUGAGGACAGAGAGGAGGGAGUCCCUCCCUCUAAAAGCACUCUGUGUGGGGAACAUGACAGCCAGACCAAAGGUCAGAGACCAGACUGUCCUGGACCUGGACCUGAACCUGGACCUGGACCUGAAGCUGGAUCUGGACCUGAAUCUGAACCUGAACUUGGACCUGAACCAAGCUGUGUGUCCCUGAAGAGUGAGCAGUCUAUGGAACCUCCGUUCGUCUUCAAAGAUGGACGCCUCUCUGUUGAUCAGAGGACCUAUCAGAGACCAGACUGUCCUGGACCUGGACCUGGACCUGGAUCUGAACCUGAACCCGACUGUGUGUCCCUGAAGAGUGAGCAGUCUAUGGAACCUCCGUUCGUCUUCAAAGAUGGACGCCUCUCUGUUGAUCAGAGGAUCCACCAGAGACCAGACUGUCCUGGACCUGGACCUGGACCUGGAUCUGAACCUGAACUUGGACCUGAACCAAGCUGUGUGUCCCUGAAGAGUGAGCAGUCUAUGGAACCUCCGUUCGUCUUCAAAGAUGGACGCCUCUCUGUUGAUCAGAGAGAGGACCAGGAGAGCUCACAGGUUCCCAGAGGUCAGUCUGCCCAGCAGCAUCAAACACACCUGGACUCCAUAUUUAUGCUGCUGGAGGAGAACAUCCUCACUUUUGUGAAGAACGAGCUGAAGAAAGUCAAGAGAGGUCUGAGUUCAGAUUACCCAGAAUGCUUAAAGAGUCAGAGGGAGGAUGAGGAGCUGUUGGACGGUGAGGAUGAAGAGCAGAGGAGGAGCAGCAGAGAGGCAUUUCUGAAGAUCACACUGCACUUCCUGAGGAGAAUGAAGCAGGAGGAGCUGGCUGACUGUCUGCAGAGCAGAAGUCAUCCUGGACUCAAACUCAAAUCUAACCUGAAGAAGAAGUUCCAGUGUGUGUUUGAGGGGAUCGCUAAAGCAGGAAACCCAACCCUUCUGAACCAGAUCUACACAGAGCUCUACAUCACAGAGGGAGGGACUGCAGAGGUCAAUGAUGAACAUGAGGUCAGACAGAUUGAAACAGCAUCCAGGAAACCAGACAGACCAGAAACAACCAUCAGACAAGAAGACAUCUUUAAAGCCUCACCUGGAAGAGAGGAACCAAUCAGAACAGUGAUGACAAAGGGAGUGGCUGGCAUUGGGAAAACAGUCUUAACACAGAAGUUCACUCUGGACUGGGCUGAAGACAAAGCCAACCAGGACAUACAGUUCACAUUUCCAUUCACCUUCAGAGAGCUGAAUGUGCUGAAAGAGAAAAAGUACAGCUUGGUGGAACUUGUUCAUUACUUCUUCUCUGAAACCAAAGAAGCAGGAAUCUGCAGGUUUGAAGAGUUCCCGGUUGUGUUCAUCUUUGACGGUCUGGAUGAGUGUCGACUUCCUCUGGACUUCCACAACAAUGAGAUCCUGACUGAUGUUACAGAGUCCACCUCAGUGGAUGUGCUGCUGACAAACCUCAUCAGGGGGAACCUGCUUCCCUCUGCUCGCCUCUGGAUAACCACACGACCUGCAGCAGCCAAUCAGAUCCCUCCUGAGUGUGUUGGCAUGGUGACAGAGGUCAGAGGGUUCACUGACCCCCAGAAGGACGAGUACUUCGGCAAGAGAUUCACAGAUGGGGAUCAGGCCAGCAGGAUCAUCUCCCACAUCAAGAGCUCACGAAGCCUCCACAUCAUGUGCCACAUCCCAGUCUUCUGCUGGAUCACUGCUACAGUUCUGGAGGAGGUGUUGAAGACCAGAGAGGGAGGACAGCUGCCCAAGACCCUGACUGAGAUGUACAUCCACUUCCUGGUGGUUCAGUCCAAACUGAAGAAGGUCAAGUAUGAUGGAGGAGCUGAGACGGAUCCACACUGGAGUCCAGAGAGCAGAGAGAUGACUGAGUCUCUGGGAAAACUGGCUUUUGAUCAGCUGCAGAAAGGAAACCUGAUCUUCUAUGAAUCCGACCUGACAGAGUGUGGCAUCAAUAUCAGAGCAGCCUCAGUGUACUCAGGAGUGUUCACACAGGUCUUUAGAGAGGAGAGAGGACUGUACCAGGACAAGGUGUUCUGCUUCGUCCAUCUGAGUGUUCAGGAGUUUCUGGCUGCUCUUCAUGUACAUCUGACCUUCAUCAACUCUGGUGUCAAUCUGCUGUCAGAAGAACAACCAAGACCCCGUCUGCCUAAAGUCUUGAGAGACAAACCUGAACCAACACAUCUCUACCAGAGUGCUGUGGACAAGGCCUUACAGAGUCCAAACGGACACCUGGACUUGUUCCUCCGGUUCCUCCUGGGUCUUUCACUGCAGACCAAUCAGAAUCUCCUGCGAGGUCUGCUGACACAGACAGGAAGUAGCUCACAGACCAAUCAGGAAACAGUCCAGUUCAUCAAGAAGAAGAUCGACGAGGAUCUCUCCACAGAGAAAAGCAUCAAUCUGUUCCACUGUCUGAAUGAACUGAAUGAUGGUUCUCUAGUGGAGGAGAUCCAACAGUCCCUGAGUUCAGGACGUUUCUCCACAGAUGAACUGUCUCCUGCUCAGUGGUCAGCUCUGGUCUUCAUCUUACUGUCAUCAGAAAAAGAUCUGGACGUGUUUGACCUGAAGAAAUACUCUGCUUCAGAGGAGGCUCUUCUGAGGCUGCUGCCGGUGGUCAAAGCCUCCAACAAAGCUCUACUGAGUGGCUGUAACCUCUCAGAGGGAAGCUGUGGAGCUCUGUACUCAGUCCUCAGCUCCCAGUCCUCUAGUCUGAGAGAGCUGGACCUGAGUAACAACAACCUGCAGGAUUCAGGAGUGAAGCUGCUGUCAACUGGACUGGAGAGUCCACACUGUGAACUGGAAACUCUCAGGCUGUCAGGCUGUCUGAUCACAGAGGAAGGCUGUGCUUCUCUGGCCUCAGCUCUGAGCUCCAACCCCUCCCAUCUGAGAGAGCUGGACCUGAGCUACAAUCAUCCAGGAGACUCAGGAGUGAAGCCGCUGUCUGCUGGACUGGAGGAUCCACACUGGAGACUGGAAACUCUCAGGGCGGAGCCUGCUGGAGUCCGAUGGGUCACACCAGGUCUGAGGAAGUAUUCCUGUGAACUCACACUCGACACAAACACAGUACACAGAAGACUCAAACUGUCUGACAACAACAGGAAGGUGAACCAUUUGGAGGAGGAUCAGUCAUAUCCUGAUCAUCCAGACAGAUUUGAUUACUGGUCUCAGCUGCUGUGUAGAGAUGGUCUGACUGGUCGCUGUUACUGGGAGGUGGAGUGGACGGGAGGAGUUUUUAUCUCAGUGAGUUACAGAGGAAUCAGAAGGAGAGGGGGCAGUGGAGACUGUUUGUUUGGAGGGAAUGAUCAGUCCUGGUGUCUGGAGUGCUCCGAUGGUGGUUACUAUGUCCAUGAAAGUAAUACAGAAACACCCAUCUCCUCCUCCUCCUCCUCCUCCUCCUCCUCUGGUAGAGUAGCAGUGUAUGUGGACUGUCCUGCUGGCUCUCUGUCCUUCUACAGAGUCUCCUCUGACACACUGAUCCACCUCCACACCUUCAACACCACCUUCACUGAUACUCUUCUUCCUGGGUUUGGGUUUGGGUUCAGGUCUGGGUCAAUGUUCACAUUCAGGUCUGGUUCCUCAGUGUCUCUGUGUUCUCUGUAGGAGGGAUAGUCCACCCUCCUGGUAGAGAACCUUUAUGUAAUUCCCUGAUAUGGGGAUUUCUUUUUUUUUUACUUUGUGUAUAAAACUGAACUUUGUUGUCUUGAAACAUUUGUUUGUGUGAAGAAAAACCUAUAAAUUCAUCAUCUGGUGUCAUUGUGUAACGAAUGAACAAACUUUGAUAAGUGACGUUGAAAAAAAAGAAAACAAAGUUUGGGAUGAUUCUAGAUAAUAAACCACAUAAACACCAUAAAGGAAAAAUGUCAAAAGUAUAUUGGAGUUAGUGUCACAUAAGUAUGAUUUCAAACAGAUAUAAUACUCUAUAAUCUGCAGCUUUUCACUCUUAACAAAAUAAAUCUUUUUUUCCUGCUCAA